UGUUCGAUGACGCAGUGAAUGUCAGUGACCGUGAGCUGUUUGGCAUGUUGAGGAAGCGUGCUGACAGCAAAAAUGAUGAAUUUGUCCGCGUUAGUGCACAGUCUCAGGUGCUCUUUGCUACACAUUGAAAGCAGACUUCUGCAGUCUGCCGGACUGGACAGAGACCUGGCUCCAGCGCUGGCUGUGAGUGGCCCCAGGCUCCUGCCGCAGCUCGACCAGAAGGGUGAGCUGGAGGAGCAGCAGAGCCCGGAGCAGCCCCCUGGCCUCCUAGACAGCAUCCUGUGGAUGGCAGCACCCAAGAAGAGACGCACUAUAGAGGUCAACCGCACCAGGAGGCGAGCUGAAGGCAAACUCCUAAAAGUCAAGAACAACAUCGAGCCGUGUCCAGAGUGUGGCCACCUGAAGCAGAAACACAUCAUGUGUGGCUUCUGUUAUGCUAAGGUGUGCAGGGAGACUGCUCAGAUUCGUCAACAGAUUCAAGGAAUGGAGGGCGGCCCGCUGCGUGCCCCGGCUGUGGAGACUGUCGUCCUGUAUGAGGGUGAGACUCCAAGCCAGCUGGACAAAGACAAGAGGAUUGUGGAGAGGGCAAGGAAGAGGCCUGCCUGGUUCAGCUAAAGAUGCUCAGAUGUUAUGGUUGUGUGCGAUACAUAUCUUGAGUUUGACACAGGUCUGGUCAGAUACACGCUGAUGUUUUAUUUGAUAUAGUAAACAGCAGGUUUUGAAUAAAUACUGGUACAUCAGACAUCUUUUCACUCACCUCUGUGAACAUACUGUACUGUAGCAUUGAUGUGUGGGUAGAACAAGUCUUUAGGGAUCACACAGAAGUCAUAUUUUCAGCUGUGAGAAAGUUACUGUAUAUUUGACAUGUUUGACAAUAAAGUCAUUAUUUGAAAGAAUA